UUCACUUCUCCUUUUACACAAAUAGCCCCGGACUUCCGUUGUAACAGCCUUGUCGCAGCCACCUAAAGGAUAAUCAUCAAUUCUACCUAAAGGACUGAGGAAAAGUGCCUGCAAAAGUGCAAGAAUAUCCCAGCAUGGGCAUGAGUAGCUUGAAAUUGCUGAAGUAUGUCCUGUUUUUCUUCAACUUGCUCUUUUGGUUCUGUGGCUGCUGCAUUUUGGGCUUUGGGAUAUAUCUCCUGAUCCACAACAAUGUCGGGAUACUCUUCCAUAACCUCCCCUCCCUCACGCUGGGCAACGUGCUUGUCAUCGUGGGCUCCAUUAUCAUGGUGGUUGCUUUUCUGGGCUGCAUGGGCUCCAUCAAGGAGAACAAGUGCCUGCUUAUGUCGUUCUUUGUCCUGCUGCUGAUUAUCCUCCUUGCUGAGGUGACCUUGGCCAUCCUGCUCUUCGUGUAUGAACAGAAGCUGAGUAAGUCUGUGGCUGAGGGCCUGACUGACAGCAUCCAGCGAUAUUACUCAGACAAUAGCACCAAGGCGGCGUGGGACUCCAUGCAGACAUUUCUGCAGUGUUGUGGUGUAAAUGGCACAAGUGAUUGGACCAGCAAUAAACCAGCAUCUUGCCCUACAGAUCCACAAGUUAAGGGUUGCUAUAUAAAAGCGAAACUGUGGUUUCAGUCCAACUUCUUGUAUAUUGGCAUCAUCACUAUCUGUGUAUGUGUGAUUCAGGUGUUGGGGAUGUCGUUUGCGCUGACUCUGAAUUGCCAGAUUGACAAAACCAGCCAAUCCCUAGGGCUGUGACUUGCUACUCCUUUUGCUGGAAAGACAUUUCAUCACUGGAAAUCCAAAACCACUUAUAGCAUGAAGCCCAAAAUGAUCACCUCCUGGACUGACAUCUUUGUUCAACACCCAUUUCGUCUCUGUUUUGGUCCCUGUCUUACACAACCAGAGAAGAAGGUGUUGGCCAGGCCCUGCCCACCUCAGGAAUCAAGACAGUCAUUCACAAUGGCAGCUGUCACUCAAAAUGGUGACACUAAUACCUAAGCAUUUUUCAGACAUGAGAGGCCAAGAGGACCUGUGGCGCUAAUGGCUCAGGAUCAAAGGGUGGAUCCAGGACUUGAAUUUGUUCAUCUUUCUAUUGUGAGACAAGUCUCUAGUUUCUAAGUCAUGCCCAGGUAAUUCUCCAAAGUCAGGCAAUAGACAAGCUGAAGGGACCUUUGGAGCUAGACUUCCUAGAUCAUUGUCACAACCCUCAGUUUCCUUUAGAUAGUGUACCUUGGCUACAGAAAUGACAAAUUACUCUUUCUCCAAAGAGUGGGGUUUCAUAUCAGUUUCUUUAUUAAAGGGCAUUAUUGAGUCAUUUUAAGUCUUUCCAGAAGAAAUUAUCCAUUUAUUCAUAUCCUGACUUUAGCGAAUCUCUUAGCCUUUGGUUUAUGUAACUAUGGAGUAACUCAGCAGGGCUACUAUCUCUGAAGGUGACAAUCUCAUUCAGAAGAGUUCUCAUGUUCUUUCUCUAUUACAUAAAGUUUUGUUAAUGUACUAUUUUAAUUCUUUCAUAAAUAAAAUAGCAUGUGAUCUCAA